CUAUAAUUUCCCACUUUUCAGAGUUAAUGUAAAUAUAAUGUUGCUGGAUAAAUAAACAAUAAACCCAACACAACAUUCUAGUAUAUUAAUCGUUACGUUGACCAGCCUCUGAACCAGCCUCAAGAUGGUGAUGAUAGAACUGGUUUACUGCAGGAUCACCGGCAAAACAAGAUCAUUGCCCAAGGUGCAUCACUUUAUACCUCUUGCACCGUGGACCUGCAAUAAAAUCAAGGGUAAACAACGUGUUAUGAAUAUUGAUGGAACGAAUGAUGGACCGAGUUCUAAGUUUGAGAAGAAGGAACAGAUCAAGCUUGUCCUGGACAUGUCCAACGACGGUCCAAUGUUCAAGAUGUUGGAGUCUAUGCUUAGUCUCAGUGGGGGUAAGGGGGAGAAGGGAGCAUACAAUGCUUUGGCCAAGCUCCUUCAGUCUGGAAUACCUGGAUUAGAAAACUUGUUUGGACAAGGACCAGACGGAUCUCUCAAGUUCAACAAGAUGUCGGAUGAAGACAAGAAAAGAUUUAUCGCAGCUGUGACAGGAUCUGAUGGCAAGAUUGAUUCUAAGGCAGCUGCUGCUUUGAUUGCUGCUGCAGCAUCUGGAGGAGAUCCGGAAAUCGCAAACAAAAUAAUCGAGAAAAUGAUGUCAGGAUUGGGGGAUGAGAUAGACCCAGCUAUGAUGUCUGCUCUAAUGGCUACAACAGCUUUAGUGGCUCAAGGAGCUAGCACAGAAGAGAUUCUUGCUGCUAUGCAAAGAGAGCUUGCAGCCAGUGGACUGAGCCCAGAAGAAAUUCUAGCAAAGACCUUGCUCCUUCAAAAGGCAAUGGCAGGCGACAACUCUCCUGCCUUUAUCAAUAAAACUCUUCGUAACGCUCUUAAUGCUGCAAAAAUUACAGCUGAAGAUCUUGCAAAGGGUCUUUACAUAGAGAAGGCAAUGGCAGCCUCUGGAGCAAGUCCUGAAGAUAUUGCUAAAGCUCUUCUUAUACAGACCAGCUUAUUAAAGAAAGGAGUGUCUUCUGAGGUUUUAGCACAGGUGUUCAAUAAGAUUGUCCAACAAAAUCAAAACAAAGAUAAGCUUAAAGAAGAAAUUGAAGGUGUUCUGAAGAAUGAUUCUAUUUCAACAGAUGAAAUAACAAAAGCACUAUCGAUGCAAAAAUAUUUUGAGUCUGGGAAGUUAAGAGGAAUGAAAGAACUACAGAAACUUCUUGAAGAAGGGAAAACUGACACAAUGGAAGGUCUGGAAGAGUGUAUCAACCAGAUAUUUGAGUCAGGUGGCAUUUCUCCAGAAUCAUUAUCUAAUUCUUUACUUUUACAAAAAGCAAUAUCAUCAGCUGGAGCUGGUUGUUUAGCAAGUGCAAUUCUCAUUCAAAAAGCCAUGCUUGAAGGAGGAAUGGCAAUUCAUGAUGUAUCAAAUGCAAUGUCCCUUUCAAUGUCUCUAAUCCCAGUAGAUGAAAAGGCAAUAAAAGAGUUGAAAGCAAGUCUUAUUAAAUGUCUAAAUCAAGGACUUGUUCCAAGUGACAUUGAUAUUAUCCUUGCGUUUAAAGAUGCCUUAGAAAAGGGUGAAAUACCUAAAGAAGCAAUAAACCUGAUGAGAAAGGCAAUGAAGCAAAGAAGAGGAUCCGUAGAUAAUGUUACAGAAACAUUAAUGGCUUCUCUUGCAGCAAGUGGACAGAGUCAAGAAAGUAUUGCCAAGGCAAUGGUUAAGGCAUUACAGGCAACUGGGGCCUCUCCCCAAGAAAUUGCCAAAACUAUGCAACAAGCAAUGAGAAAGUCUGGAGCAACUACAGAAGAAAUUGCCAAGGCAAUGGCAACAGCUAUGGCAGCUUCUGGAGCAUCUGCAGAGGACAUUGCUGCUGCCUUGAAGGAAACAUUUGCAAAAGCAAUGGCUGAAAACCCAGCAGCUGCUGCUGAUAUUGCCAGGUCUAUGGCUUGUGCUUUGGCAGCAGCUGGAGCAUCUGCUGAAGAUAUUGCUAAAACGAUGCAGGAAGCUUUGUCUGCUAGUUUGGGGGCAGACAGCUCUCCGGAGGAACUUCUAGAAAUUGCUCAAACUGUAGCAAGAGCUAUGGCUGAAGCUGGGGCUUCCCCAGAGGAAAUUAACCUUGCAAUGAGAAAUGCUAUUGCUGCAGCAGGGAAGAUUGAUGAUCCUGAGCUAAUGGCAGAGUUAGCUAAAACCAUGGCAAAAGCAAUGGCAGAUGCUGGUGCAAGUGGAGAGGAAAUAGCCAGAGCUAUGCAAACUGCUUUGUUGGAAAGUGGAAUCUCUGAAAAAGAACUUGCAGAGCAUAUGAUGAAAGCCAUGGCUGCUUCUGGAGCAUCAGCUGACGUUAUUGCUAAAACAAUGCAGUCUGCUAUGGCAAUGUCAGGAAUGUCCCAAGAAGAAAUUCAGAAACAUGUAAUUGAAGCUAUGAUUGAGGCUGGGGCUUCAGCGGAGGAAAUUGCACAAGCAAUUGUUUCCCAAAACCUUAUGAAUGCAAUUGGAGUCAGUCCUGAAGAAAUGGCUAAAAAACUGUUGAAUGAUUUACGCUGUGGUAAAGAUAUCACUGCAGAUAGUGUAAAACAGGUUUUAUCUAAUGGAGGACUAGAGCCAGAAACUGUAGCAAAAGUUCUAAUGUUUCAAAAAUCACUUGCUGCUUGUGGUUCUGAUCCUGAAGAUAUUGCCAAGGCUAUUUUAUUACAGAAAGCCUGGUCCAAUGGAUAUGGAAAUAGUCCUGAAAAUAUUGCAAAGGUUCUUGAGGACAUCAUAUUUGAUCUGAGUGGAGAGAGUGGUCAAAAUGAAAUUAUUAAUAUUAUUCUUAAUAGAUUGAUAUCUGAUGACAUGAAUGUUGAUGAUGUAAUGAAGGCAGUGAUGUUUGAUAAAGCACUUGAUACUAAUGGGGCAUCUGUUAUCAACAUCAAAGAAAUUGUGAACAAAUCUUUAAAGAAUAAGAAUUUUGACCAAGCUGAUUUGUCAAAAUCAAUACAAGAACUGUUAUUUAACAAUGGUGCAAAAGCUGAUGCAAUUUCAAGAACAGCAGUUCUUCAGAAAAUCUUAACAACCCUAUCAGUUUCACCUGAUGAUAUAGCCAAGGUAUUUAGCAUUCAAAAAGCAAUGUAUGAUGCAGGGGCAACACCCCAGGAUAUUUCAAUGAUGAUGGAGUUUGCUCUCGGAGGCAGCUCUCUAAGCCUAGAAAAUACUGUUACUAAAUUGAGAGAGAAAAUUAAUAGAAAACUAAAUGCAGCUGACGUUGUAAAUAUCAUUGAGGUGGCUGAAGCUUUUCAAGGUACAAGAAUACCUGCUGAAUUAAUAUCAAAGAUCAUGCUUAUGCAAAAAGCAAUUGAAAGUGACAUUUCAUCUCCUGAGCAGUCAUCUGCAGAUCUUGCAAAUAAAUUAAAGAGACCAAAUGCAAACCCAGAAAGUCUGGCCACAGACCUAAAUGAACUCUUACAGAAAAAUGGACUUAGCACUGACAGUCUUGAAAAAUCAAUUUUAAUGCAGAAACUAUUAUUAGCAUCAGAAUUAACUUCUGAGGAGCUAGGUCUUCUGUUUCAUCUUCAGAAUAAACUUGUUGAAAUUGGCUUGCAUCCUGAUAAGAUAGGGCUUGCUUUGACAGAACUUUUAAAACAGUUUGGAUUGAAUAUCAAAGACAUUGCUGAGUCUUUAGUUGCAGCUCUAGACCAAAAUAAAAUAAAAGGAGAGGAAGUUAAGAUGAGCUCUAUUCUUUAUGAAGCUAUUAUACAUCCUGGCAUUGGGAGCAAAUAUGAGGGACUAUCAACACUUUCUUUAGAGCUUAAGAAUGGUACAACACAAGCUGAUUUGAUUAAUUUGCUAAAGAAAGUGUUAGAUAUUGAUAAUAUUAAACCGGAAUCAUUAGCCAAAAUCUUAUUGAUACAGAAAGUAAUGGGAGCGUCAGAAGCAGCUUUGGAAGAUCUAGCAAAGGUUCUCAGAAUACAGAAUGCUAUUCUACGACAUGGUGUCUCUGCUGAAGUCCUAUCAAGAACUAUUAAUGAAACUCUAAAACCAAGAAAAAAACUAUUUUUAGAAAAGCUUAAACAACCACUUUUGGAUGUGAUAUCUGCAGGCCAACUAACCGUUGCUGGUUCAGACAUUUCUUGUGGACAAGCUUAUCAGAAGGCCAUGAAAUCCAGUUCACAUUCAGAUGAUAAUAAGAUAAAGGAAAUAUUUGAUAAUGCAAUGAAGGUGGCAGGAUUGUCUAAAGAGGAUAUGGCAAAGGCAAUGGUAGUUCAAAAGAUGUUGGCAGCUUCCGGAGUUACUCCAGAGAUCAUGGCACAAGCUGUAAUGUUCCAAAAGGCCUUAGCUGCCUCAGGUAUAUCACCUGAUGAAAUUGCAGAGAUAUUUAAUAAAGCUGUUGGUCAAGAUAUGUCAGAGGAAGCAGUUGCUGCUCUGAUAGCUAGUGUGAUGACAAAGAAAGGAUGCACAAAAGAGGAUAUAGAUAAAAUGAUACAUUUACAAAAAUCAUUAAAUGCAGGUGUUUUAGCUCUAGGAGAUAAAUUUGGCUGCAAGGCUAAUGACCUUUUAAGUGGUGGUCAAGUUGAUGCAAACUUAUUACAAAAAGCUAUUCUAAUGCAGAAAAUUCUUUCAGCUGCUGGAAUUUCUCCAGAGGAUUUGGGUAAAGCAUUUCUACUUCAAAAUGCUAUGAUCGAAGCUGGUGCCUCUUCUGAUCAUGUCGCAUCAUGUAUGCAAAGAUCUUUAUUAGAAUCUGGAAUGAGUUUAGAGCAUUUUAUCACCCUAAUGGAAAUAGAAUUAAAAACUGCCCUCACAAGAGGUCUGCAAGGUAGAGAUAUUAUUCGCACCCUACAAUUUGAAAAAAUACUUGGUGCAAGUGGAUGUGCCAAAAGAAUGUUAAGAAAGAUCAACCCUGAAGCACUCCGUUUAAUGGAAGCAACCGUUAAGAAGAAAAUACCCGGAGUAUCUAACUCUAGCAAUUUGAUGGAAGCAAUGAAGGGGGCAUUGAGCAGUGUUCUUGAUAACUCUAUAUUACAAGCAAUGGAGGUUUCAGCAGCAAUGGCAUCUGCCGGGGCAUCUAAAGAAGAAAUAGAGGAAAUGAUGCAGAUGAUUCUGAACAAGGGCGGAGGAAUAUCAGAUGAUUUUAUAGAAUCAAUUAAAGAAGCAAUGAAGGCUGGAGGAUCUCCAUUUGAAAAACUGAAUGCCCUGAAGGCUGCAAUGGAGGAAGAGAUGAAUUCGGUAACAAAUGCUUUAAGAAAUACUUUUAUAAACAGAAUUCCUACACCGGAGGAAAUAGCUAGUACCUGUAAUACCCUAGCAGAGAAGCUAGGAGCAGAUGCUGCUGCCAGAAUAGAUGUCAAGCUGGCUUUAGUAGAUGUUCUUGAUGAAGCACUUCAAGAUGUUCUUGAGUAUGAACCAGAUGCAGAUAUGAUCUUUAACUACCUCAUGGUGUCAGCCUUAGCUUCUGCUACAGACUAUGUUGAGAGAAAUGGAAUAAAACCUACCGGAGAUGAGCUGCAGGAGCUGGCUAGGAGAGAGAUUAUUGAGAUGAUAGAACGGUUACUACUGGAAGCAGAUCUAGAGGCUGAACUACCUAAACUAGAGGUCUACGGGAAGACAAUUGACGGGAUCAAGGAGCUCCUCAACUUCCUACUCAUGGACCCAGUUACAGGUAAAGCGUUGAAGAGACAAGUUGCUUUCUUGUUUGAUUUCGAGGAGAUCGAACACACCACCGUCCUCGGGCUCACCCUACAGGACAUCAUCAAGGAUGCCAAACACAAGCUCCGUCCCUGGGAGCUGGAGAAGAAAAGGAAGAUACGAGGUUUAAAGAAAUCUCUUAUUCCCAACCUUGGUUACUCACAGAUCUACUGCUACUACAGGGUGUUACCUGAGCAUCUGGAGGGUCCACCUAUCGGCCUGGCAUACGAAUAAAUAUCUAGCAUUUGCCAACCUAUCAGCUUUAUUCAAGUGUACACCAUGCAGUACAGUCUAUACAGUGUACAGACUCCAAAUAUCGUCUUCACAAAUUUAAAAAUAGCACGCGACAUGAAUAUGGGACACUACACUGCCUUGAGUUGGACAAAAUAAUAUUU